AGUGAGUGCCUUGUGUCGGACGUUCACGUUGUCUUCAAUUCGUUCUAGAGAUUUUAGUGCAUCGCACAGAGCGCGCCAGAGAAUUCAGCAGACAUUUUUGCAGCGGGCUGGCCACUUUGUUUCUGUCUCCCCUCGGAGGCAUCGCCUCGAAAGCGUCAUGGAUCCUGCAGAGGAUAUCAGGAGUAUGUCUCAACAUCUCGAUUUGAUCGAGGAUGUCAUGGGCCAGCCGGGUGCAGAGGACCUCUCAGAAAUGGUUGCGGGACUCUUUAGCGAGUGCAAUGUGCUGCGGGAGAGGCUGCAAGAUGCAGUCCCUGCGGUGCUCGAGCGGGACCAGGGCGGAGACGCUAUGUUCAAUCAGAUCAGCGCCGUUUUGGAGCGCAGCGAGCGGAUCCAGGAGCAGUGGAAGGCCCGGGGGCCGUCCGGGUCACCGUCCGGCCCGUCCGGGUCGCUGGGCCUUGCCGGGUCGCUGGGUGCCGGGCCACCCGGGCCGCCCGGGCCGCCGACGCAGUCAGUGCAGUCAGCGCAGUCCGCGCAGUCGCAGUCAGCGCCCUCCGGGCCCUCCGCGCCCUCCGCGCCCUUCGGCUUCGAGGAGAGAAAGAGCGAGAAGAAGAAGAGGAAGGACCCGAAGGACCUGAAGGACGGGAAGGAGGAGGAUCGAAGGAUCGAGGAUAGAGCCGAGGAGUUUGGCUUCCCAUCCUUCCCCAGCUCGAGUUGGCCCGAAGAAGCUUUUCCUGAGGCUGCGGCGUGGGGCAAUUUCGAUGCAUGGGGUGAAGACAGUCAGAUCGGUGCUCAAGCCGCCCCGGCUGCGGGUGUUUCGGGUGCUUCGGGUGCUCAGGGUGCUCAGGGUGAGAGUGCUCAAAAUGCCCCGGGCACAGGCAGUGCCAGCUUUGCGGCUUUCGAGAGCCCGGGCUUUGCCUGGGGAAGUUCUCAGAGCGCGAGAGCGGCGAGUUCCGCGCAGCUUCACAUCAGGUGUCCCCACACGGACGUGGAACAAGUCGAGCGCGACCAGAAGACCUUCAAGGAGCUCUUUGUGCGCGCUGCAGCACGAGCUGCCGGAGUUGCGCAGCACAGAAUCCGUGUGAAUGCGAUCCGGGCGGUCUAGACAGAGUGCGUGUUUCGAGAGUGCGUGUUUCACGAGGCGAAUCAGAGGUCCCAAAAGCCGACACAA